AGAUAACAUAAUGUGAGUGAUAAUAAUGUUACCAUUGAUGGCCAUCGAUGGACACAAUGAAUGACAAGAAGACAUGGAUGAGAUGGUUGUUGUGUGUGAUGUCAGUGGCGAUGAAGAGACCAUUUCGUAGAUAUUCAUCAUAUGUUUACAUAUUUAUUGUAAUAUUAAUAAUUCAAAUGUUAUUAUGUAUUGCUUUCUAUUCAACAAACAAUUCAAGCAUUGAAUCACAAAUUCAAACCAAAUUCAUAUCAAUUGAUAAAUUAAAAAAACUUUCAGAAAGAGCUGAUCAAUCGAUAGGUGAUUACGAAUUGGAAAAUAAAUUAUCAUUUAGUAAUUCAAAGGAUUUAAAACAAAAAGAUUUAUCGCAAAAACAAUUAAAUGAUUUUAAGCAACAGAUAGAUUUGAUGAACAUAUCUAUAAAAUGUGAUAUAUUAUCACCAAAUGGCAAAUACGGUGUUUCGGCCAUCGAGAGGGCCACUACUCAUGAGUGCAAACAACGAUUGGCUGACAUAACCUGUUCCACAAUCACUGCACAAUUAUAUCCACAAUCACUUCCCAGAUAUUGUCCAUUGAAAGACGGGAAAUAUGGUGAUUAUUUGGGUUGUUUUAGUGAUAAUAGUAAACCACGGGUUUUAAACGGAUAUCGGAUUAAAUUUUCAGAUAAUAGUCCCGACAAAUGUUUGACUAUUUGCCUGCAAUCGGGUUUUACAUUUGCCGGAUUAAAAGCUAGUAAUGAUUGUUAUUGUGGCCACGAAUUAUCGGUUAAUAGUCAUAAAUUGCCGAUAAAUGAGUGCAAUAUUUGGUGUUCAGGGGUUUCUCAUUUAAAAUGUGGUGGAUUUGACUCAAUUGAUAUUUAUAAAACAGGAAUCAAGUAUAUACCUAAAGUGGUGCCAAAUUUGGAGACAACAAUCAAUGGACGGGAUAUCAGAAUUGUAUUCUUAAUGACACUAAACGGUCGAUCUCUUAGACAAAUAAAAAGAUUAUUAAAGAAUAUAUACAGCAAAAGACAUUUCUAUUUUAUUCAUAUCGAUUCCCGUCAGGAAUAUCUAUUUCGUGAAAUGGUUUAUUUAGAAGAAAAAUUAUCAAAUAUAAGAGUGAGUCGGAUCAGAUUGUCGACAAUAUGGGGCGGCGCUAGUCUAUUGCAAAUGAUUAUUAAAUCUAUAUCACAAAUACUUAAUAUUUGGUCUAAUUCUUGGCAUUUUAUCAUCAAUUUAAGUGAAUCUGAUUUUCCAUUAAAACCAAUUAGUGAUUUGGAAAAUUUUUUGGCCGCAAAUAUAAAUAAAAAUUUUGUUAAAUCUCACGGACAAGACUCGCAAAGAUUUAUAUCAAAACAAGGAUUAGAUAAGACUUUUUAUGAAUGCGAUACUCAUAUGUGGAGAGUCGGCGACCGACAACUUCCUACUGGUAUUCAUUGGGAUGGAGGAAGUGAUUGGGUUGUAUUGAGUUACAAAUUCUGUCAUUAUAUAACUUUUGAAAACAAUGAACUUCUUGAAGGUCUUAAACAUCUAUUUAAAUACACUUUAUUACCAGCAGAGUCUUUUUUUCACACUGUCCUACAAAACAGCGAAUUUUGCACAACAAUAGUUGACCAUAACUUGCGUCUAACCAAUUGGCGUCGCAAACAGGGUUGUAAGUGUCAGUACAAACAUAUUGUUGAUUGGUGUGGAUGUUCUCCAAAUGAUUUUAAGACAAACGACUGGACACGUAUUGUGUCAACUCAAUCAAAGCCAUUGUUUUUUGGCCGCAAAUUUGAAGCAAUAGUUAAUCAAAAUAUAAUAAACAAUUUAGAAGAAUUAAUAAACAAAAAUUUUAGUCAAUCAAUAAUAGCUGUCAAUAAGUAUUGGCAAAAUGAUUACCACAUUAAAGACAGUCAUUUCUUCGUCAAUGACGCCAAACUAACUUUCUAUUAUGCAUUUGCUAUAAAUAGUCAAAAAAUUAUUGAAAAUAAAUGUAAUUCUGAUUAUACUUAUAGUCAAAACAAAGGCUCAAAAGCAUUACAUUUAAGUCUUGUUAAAGAAGUUAACUUAUAUUUUGAAAGCGAUUCAUUUGAAGGCAUUUUAAUUACAUUUGAGUCCAAAGCUAAUGACGAGUUUAAUUCAAUUCUGACGUUUGAAACACUUAUCCGUCCUUUAAGUCAAUCACUUAACAAACCAAAUAAAUCGCCUAAAAUAUUGAUUUCUCUUGAGAUCUGUUCCGACUUUGAUGUUAAAGAGUCGGUGUUUCGCAACUUUGGUUGCAUUUUGGGUCCAUUUUCUAAACCAAUAGCUCUUCAUAAAUGGCAAUACUCUAAUCAACCAUUUAGUGCAACCUUUGUUUGGGUCGAUCCCAUUAAUACUGUCGCCGCUUCUUAUGAAGUUAAGAUUCAGAUUAAUGCAACACUUGAUCAGCCAUUACUUCAAAAACCACAACUCAAUACACCAUUACGUCCCGGAAUUUGGAAGUUAAUUGUAUUACACAAAUGGACAGUUAUUACUGAAACUCAGUUUUUAAUAACUCCAUUACUGUUUUAUAACAAUACUAAAGUUGACAAAGAGAUGGCCAAACAACUACAUAACGGUCCCAAACAACUAUAUACCGCUUAUAACUUUAGCUCAAUUGAGAAAUUUCUUGGAUUUGAGAGCAAAAAUCCUUUGGAGAAAGUGUUAGGUCUAAAAAAUUCUCGUAAAUCCAGAGAUCAAUUGCUUAAUUGGAUUCAUCAUUUGUACUCUAAGUUCUGGUUUGCUCAACGCAUAUGCUAUUUGUCAGAUAAGACUAGUCUUGGAGUUGAUUUCAAUUGUGAUCUUCAUCUUCCAGAGUGUCACUCAACUGAUUGGAGCUCGCAAUCAGCCGAUCCAAAGUCAGACAUCUCUAUAUUAUUCUAGUUAUCAAAUAAUG